AUGUCCGCCCCCUUCGUCGCCAUGUCCGUAUCGGUCGUGUUCUCCGCGCAUUGGGUCCAGGUAAGCAGCAGCAGCAGCCGGCGGCGGUGCGCGGCGUGCUUCUCGAGGCAGAGCUUCCCGUCGAUCUCGAUCCGGCCGGCUCCGCCCAAGCGCCUCCUCAACCUGGCCUGCUCGGCCAAGCAAGACACCAUUGACAAGGUGUGUGGGAUCGUCAAGAAGCAGCUGGCCGUCGCCCAAGACACCCUCGUCAACGGGGACACAAAGUUUGCCGACCUCGGCGCAGAUUCCCUUGACACGCAUUAUUCGACAAGGCAAAAGAAUGGAUGGUUAUAUACCUGCUCAUUUUACAGCCAUCGCCUAUGCUCUCCCGCCCUCUUCGAUGAGGCGACGUCUCCCUGCUCUUUCCAUGGCAUGACGGCAGUGCACUGCAUCGUCUAAAGCACCCCCAUGCUGCCCCUGGUUCGAUUCCUCCCAAGAGCGGAUUUGCGCCAAAGGGCAACUUUUCUUGCUCACGCGGAUAACGGUCACUAGCUGCUCCA